AUGCCAGAAGUGGGCGAGGCCAGAGCUCCAGUUGCCACGGAAACGGCCGCCAUUGCUCUUGGUGGGAGCAAGAUGGCCGCCGUGCGGAGAGGGGAGCUGGGAGGCGGGGAGACGCCGGCGAUGGGGCUGGGGAGGCGAGACCCUGGAAGGGAGCUGGAGACGGAGGGGAGCCGAGGUUCCCUGCAGGAUUUCAUGCCAGCUGCCCACUCCUCAAAGUCAGAUUGUUUACACUUGACAGCGUCCAAUAAGCAAAAGAAGAGCUCGAUCGAUGGCGCCAUCCACCAGCCAGGCCGUUUUGAUGGCCGCGGUGGGGCAGUCUCUGUUCAAAAUCCUCCUCCGUCACGAAGGCAAGGCGAUUUGCUCCGUGCCACCUUAAGCGGCGCGCUGCGGGGAGCCGGGAGGGCGGGGCGAAGCGGGGGCUGCGCUGCUAUUUUAGCUGCCGGCCGGCGAGACUUUGCUCAGAUCGGAUCGAACCGGAUUACAAGCGAAGCGAAGCAGCGGAUCGGACCAGGCGACAUCAUGACCUCCCCUGGAGUAACUCCCGACACGGAGCUGGACAUGAAAGAUGUGGAGCUGAACGAGAUGGAGACGGAGAAGCAGCCCAUGAACGCCUCUUCUCCGGGCAGCCUGAGCGAGAAGAACGGGGUGGUGAAGGUGAAGGUGGCCGAGGAGGAGGAAGAGGAAGGCGCCAUGGCGGCCAAGUUCACCGGCCUUUCCAAGGAAGAACUGCUGAAGGUGGCCGGCACCCCCGGGUGGGUGCGCACCCGCUGGGCCCUCCUCAUCCUCUUCUGGCUGGGCUGGCUGGGCAUGUUGGCGGGGGCCGUUGCCAUCAUCGUCCAAGCCCCCCGCUGCAAGGACCUCCCCAAGCAGGAGUGGUGGCAGGAGGGUGGCAUCUACCGCAUCCAGAACGUGGACGGGUUCCAGGAUUCAGCUGAGGAUGGCGUGGGGGACCUGGCAGGUCUGAAGCAGCAGAUGGAUUAUUUGAGUUCCCUCAAAGUGAAAGGUCUGGUGAUUGGGCCGCUCCACGUCAAUCCCAAAGACAACCAGACCGGAACUAACCUCCAGGACAUCGACAAAAGAUUUGGCACGUUGGACGACUUCCGCGAAGUCCUGGAGGCGGCAAAGAAGAAAGACUUGAAGGUGGUCUUGGAUCUGACGCCCAACUAUCAAAGCCAAUCCCCUUGGUUCAGCCGGGAGAUCCGAUUUAACAGUGAUUUGCAGGACAAAAUGAAGGAAGCAAUCGAGUUCUGGCUGAAGGAAGGUGUCUCUGGGAUCCAGAUUGGAAGUGUGGAGCAUUUAAAUGACGCCCAGAUCCUGAGCGAGUGGAAGAACCUGACUGAGCGACACAGUGUGGAAAGUCAGAACAGGGUGCUGAUUGCAGUGACGCAUAUGCAGGACGCCCAGGGCAUCUUCUCCCUCCUCAACGAGACCACGGGCGUGGACCUGCUGUGCAGCGAGUACCUUCGGGGGCUGGUGAAAGACGGCCCAGAGGACGCAGCACGAGGGGAAGCUGCUGCCCACAUGACCCACAGCUACAUCAAAAAAGCUGGGGACAAGUGGCCCAGCUGGAGUGUUGGCCGCUUGGCCGCUCCAAUGGGCGAGCAGCUCCUUCGCCUCUUCCACCUGUUGCUCUACACGUUGCCGGGGACGCCCUUCACGGACUACGGCGAUGAGAUUGGGCUUCGGGACCUGCCGGGACAGCCUGCGGCCUCCAGCGUCAUCCGCAUGCAGUGGGACAACUCUGCCAACUUUGGCUUCUCAAAGGUGGGGCAGCAACAGAGCAACCCAACAGCCAGCAACGUCACAGUGCAGUCACAGAGUGGUGACAAGGCUUCGGUCUUGUCGUUCUUCCGGCAGCUGGGCGAGCUGCGGGACAAAGCACGCUCCCUCCUUUUUGGCGAGUUUUCACCAGCCCUCAGUAACAGCCCAAGCGUUUUCGCCUACCUGAGGGUCUGGGACCAGAGCCAGCGCUACCUGGUGGUCCUCAACUUUGCUCCCGAGGAGCACACCAUCUCCAUAACGCACCCGCACCUCCCCGCCGAAGUCACAGUGGAGCUCAGCACGCAUCCCACACGGGAGGAGAAACAGCUGAGCAUACAGGAACUCAGGCUAGCUCCCUCAGAAGGGCUCCUGCUCAGUUUCCCGUAUGUGGCCUAGCCUGACUUCAACCUCGCCGCCAACCCCCAUUCUGGCAGGGAGAGCAGAAAGGGGGGCAGCCUAUGCUCCUAAGCGGCGACGUUUGAGUUCUUGACAGGAUGCUGCUGUUAUUCUCUUCCUCUCCCCUAUCAUCUGAACUUUUCUAACGUCUUGUCUUCUGCCCCUCAGCUUCUCUCAUUCCUUAGCUCCUUGUUACAUUCCUUGAUCUGCCAAUGUCUGGAGAAAACAGUUUUCUAGCAGAGCUGGGGAAUCUGUGGCCUUCUAGAUGGUGUUGCACUCCAGUUCCCAGCAGCCUCAGCCAGGAGGACCUGUAGUGAGGGAUGAUGGGAGUUGUGGCCUAGUAACAUCUGGAUCACCAAGGGUUCCUCACACGUUUGAUAGCUUACUGUGACCGCCUUGUACCCUAACAUUUCACGUGGGGCGGAGUCCAUGGAUACAGUUGUUAUGGCAAUUCAUUUCUGCUUUGUGUGUGUGUGUCUGUCAUGUGGCCAGUAUUAAGCAAGGUUCUUCCUUGAGAUCUGAUUAUUAAAUCUGUAUGUUGUGUUCAAACUGUACGCCCAUCUCUGUACUGACCUAAACUUUUACAGAAUGAAUAUUGCUGCAGGGGGAUAGUGUGUGUCCUGUUCCCUGAUUGAUGCUGCAGACUGGCAUGGAACAAGUUCAAUAAAUUUCUCUGUGCUUUCUGA